AUGAGCGUUCAGCCAUUCAACAAAAGGUUGGACUCUAGGGAGACGAGCCUCGACCGCAUCAUGCAAAUGGAUAUUGAAAUCCCCAAGCUAGAUCCACUGGGAGUCAAGCAUAUCAGACCAGAAGGGCAUGGACACCAGCUCCUCCAGGAAAGCAUAGCGAUGGGCUCUGUGCACGGGCAUGUACACACUGGCUAUCUGGCAUAUGGUGUGAUUAGCGUCCUUAAUGGUGGCGGUGAUGCAGCGUUCGUCACGAGAGAUGGUGGCAUCCGCAAGCUCCAAGCCUUGCUUCAGACACACUAUUUCACAAUGCUUCGAGACGACAAAGGAAGACCGAGGAAACAUAAAAGAGGAAGCACGCACAUUAUCAUCAGUGAGGUGGGCCUUCUGACGAUAAUGAAAGACCUCCUGCAGACAGAGAAUAUCUAG